AAAAGGAAGAUCAUCCUUGACCUGCAAUGUCACGUUCACCAAUGACAAUAUAAGUGCGAUUUCGGUCAGUUCUGGCAGCAGAGCAAAACAGGGCCUACUAAGCUGAUCCCAUAUAAAUGUACCAAACUUAAUAAUUACUGUAAAGCAAAGGUGUUAUAACGCAUUGGAAUCGAUAUGGCCCAAGCACCAGUCGAUAAACGCAAGAGGAUAGGAAGAUGGUAUUUCGGAGGUCUGGCAAGUGCAGGAGCAGCAUGCUGCACACAUCCCCUGGAUCUUUUGAAGGUUCACCUUCAAACACAGCAAAAAGAAAAAGUCACCCUCUUGCAGAUGGGCAUCCGUGUAGUCAAGAGUGAUGGUAUUCUUGGACUGUAUAAUGGUCUUUCAGCUUCAAUUCUUCGCCAGCUGACCUAUUCCAUGACAAGGUUUGCUGUGUAUGAAACAGUCAAGAAGCGGAUUGUAGCAGAUGGUGGGCAGUUUCCUUUCUACCAGAAGGUGCUGCUGGCUGGGAUUUCAGGUGCAAUGGGAGGAUUUGUGGGCACACCUGCUGACAUGGUUAACGUCAGAAUGCAGAAUGAUGUCAAGCUGCCAAAGAACCAGAGACGAAACUAUAAGCAUGCCAUUGAUGGCGUGUACAGAAUAGUGAAGGAAGAGGGUCCUAUCAAGUCCUUCAGUGGUGCCACAAUGGCCAGUUCUCGUGCUGUCCUGGUCACCAUUGGUCAGUUGGCUUGCUAUGAUCAGAUCAAGAUUGGAAUGCUCAAAACUGGCUUCUUCCAGGACAACAUAGUCCUUCAUCUGACCUGCAGUACACUAGCGGGAACUAUUGCUACCUUUCUCACGAUGCCUCUAGAUGUAAUGAAAACCCGAAUGAUGAAUGCCCCUCCAGGAACUUAUUCUAGCAUCAUGGCUUGUGCUGUAGACAUUGCAAAGAAUGGACCUAUGGGAUUUUUCAAAGGAUUUGUUCCAGCAUUUGUUCGACUUGGACCCCACACAGUGUUCACAUUUAUCUUCUUUGAGCAGAUCAGGCAGAACUUUGGGGAUGAUCCAAAAUCUUGAGAGUUACUAUUCUAGACCAUUUCUAAAUUUGCUUUAAGACAUUAAGCACAUUUCUGAUAUGACUAGGAUAAUCCUUUCAAGCAUUGACUGCUUAGUCAGAUUUUUAACAAGAUUUGAGGCUGCUUAUUUUUAUCACUAACAACUGUUGUUGGUUUCUUAUAUUCAAAGUAUAUACAUUUUUCGGCUUCACUGUAUAAUUUUUAUUUUAUUUUCUCAUGUUUCUUUUGUUAUUCAAUCAGCAUUGAAUUACAUUUAUAAAUGGUGGAUUGUUAAAGUAUUGGGGAGGUUUACAUACCAAUAAGAAAUAUAAGAAAUUUGAUGGCUUUUUUAUAUUGUAGAAAUCUGUCCCCUAUUUUCCUUUUCUUUUUAAUUAGAAGGCCAGCUAAUUAUUGGCCUUAGAAUGUGCAGACAACCUUAGUUUAAAAAAAAUAACUUGUAUCGUGAAUAAUAAUUCUUCUUUAUAUAUGGGUGUGUUUGUAUAAACAGCAUCAUGUCUAUCUUUUUUAAAUAAUGUUCAAAAUUGUACUGCAUUUUCGCAUUUUAUAGGAAUAUGAGUUGCUAAAAACUACAUACAUGCAGAAUAUUGGAUGAUAUGGCAUGGCUCAUUGAGAAAUCCAUUUGUUUAUUGCAACUCAUGUUUAAAGAGGAAAAGGUUUUCCAGAAUUGGGAGGUAAAUAGCUGAGUGGUUAGAGCAAUUGGCAUCCAAACUGAGAGGCAUACCGGCUCAAUACACAGAAAUGGGUACCUGACUCCUUAGAGGGUUGGGGAAGGUAAGGCAGCAAGGGAGAGGAGAUGAGCACCACCCUCACAUCGAGCUGGCCCCAAGAAAAGAGAGGUCUCUAACACCUCACUCCCCAAUGACCUGAAAAGAUCAGGGGACGACCUUUACCUUUUCACCUUGAAGAAAAAGCAAGGUAAAAAUAACCAUGUUUCACAGUUCUCAUACUUGCUCAAGCUAAACAUGCUCUUUCUUCUGUUGCUUCAUAACACAGAACCAGUUUUAGCUUUCAAAAAUCAUUUCAGGUGAUCAUUGGAUCAUAACAGAAGAGCACCUUACAUAUAAUUUCAUUAAGAGAGAAUGUAAUCAAAUCAAUAGAUUGCAAUAUUCUCAGGUGUAGACAAGAGAUAUCCCAUACAAUGCAUGUUUUACAUUUCAAUAGAGAUACUUUUGUUCAGUGUUAAUGUUGCAAACAACUGCUCACCGUUCACUGCUGAAUGUGGGUAGCACUUUGUGAAAUGCAUUGUUUCUGAGAUCAGUAAAUUGCAGAAAGCUGUAUUUAAGUUUUGGUAAAAUGUCUAUAUUAUCUAUCAAAACUACUCUUAAAUGAUGCACAACAGUUAAAUUUUGGUUUGUAUACAGUUAAUUUAUCAAACAGGGUGAUUUUGGCACAAUAAUUCUGUUAAAAAUAUUGGUUGCUCAGAGUCUUGAGGCAUUCCAGUCAAAAUUGUUAAAAGUAUGCUACUGAAUGCAUUUUUCAUUAUGCUUUUAUGCAGUUUUAUUUCUGUGAUAGGUAUCCCUCUGCUUCAAAAUUUUAUAAGAUUUUUGUGAUAAUGACCAGACAUUUUUUUUCUUCGAAAGUGUAUAUUUUAAUAUUGAAGAUACCUGGAUGAAUCAAACCUCCACUUCUGCAGUCUGUGGUGCUUAUUCAAAAUUUUUUUUGUUGUUAUCUUUAUUCUUACUGAUGUCAGUAACUGUGGAAAGCUGCAUGCAUGUACAGGAAAAAUUAGCAGCAUUGAAAAUAAAGGAACAUAGAAAAAGAUAUUAUGGAUAUGUGGUAAAGAUUCUUGCUAGUUUUUGUUGCCCCUUCCCCCUACAAGGAAAUGCUGCUUUCUAUAAUGAUCACUUUAAUUUUUGUUAUUGACAUUUACAGAGAAGAUAAGCAAUAAAAAUAGAGAUUCAAAAUGU